AUGCCCGGAAUUGCCCGGAAGAUUCUCAUAUGUGCUGCCAUCGAUGGUCUCAUUAUCCAGCCGUUGUCAACAAAGGGCCAACGGCCAUUCCAACCCGUUAGAAUCAGAUAUGGCGAUUCUUCAAUUUCAGCGGUUCCGCGGGACCAAAUACCCGAUGCUUCAGGUCCAGACUCAUCAUUCGAAGCGUUUGGCAUCAUUGGUCUAAUUACUGUUUCAAGACUGAGCUACCUCAUUACAAUUACCCGUCGACAACAAGUUGCACAGAUCUUCGGAUUUCCUGUGUAUGUUGUUACCGGUGUUGCCAUUACGCCCUGCAAUACGAAGCAAGAAGCGGAUGAGUCCAUUCGCAGGACAGCCAACUUGCUCAAAAAACAAACCCCUAAUGAAGAAAAUGAAAACUCUGACAGCAGUGAUGAAGAGAUUGACAGUACACAUACUCCCAUCGAUGAAGUUGAAGAUGCAGUCACCGAAGAGGAUAAAUCUCGACCUGACUCAUCCCGCAGCAGUGUUGCAGAAGACGUGAUGCGGCGUCGAGGAAGUUAUGGCCGCUUUGCUCAACGUUGGUUCAGUAAGAGCGGAUGGACAAUGGAUCAAAGACGCAGCUUGGGAUUGAGCAUCUCAGCCGCCGGCUCACCAACGGCGCCAGAGGCACCAAAUGGACCUGCCAUUUCCAAGAUACCUCUUGACGAGGACAUGAGCAGUCAGAAUCCCGUUUCCGCAUUACUACCAAAGCUGCUGCGGACUAUGCAGGUAUUCUUUGGAUCAUCUAGAAGCUUUUACUUCUCCUACGACCUUGACAUUACUCGAAGCACCGCUCAACAAGCUUGGAUUCCAAAUCCAGACGCCCCCCUCCAUGCACAGGUUGACAGCCAGUUCUUUUGGAAUCGACACAUCCUGGAUAAAUUCAUGGCCACGGGUCAAGACUCAAUUAGCCUCCCACUGAUGCAAGGUUUUGUGGGCCAGCGAACAUUUGUCGUCGAUAGUGAUCCCCCUCAGAUGGAUGAAUAUGCUUCCGAGUCUGUUGAGCUCGCCGACAUGUCUGCGUCAGGAUCUCUGCAAGCAUCACCACCAAGCGGGCGCGUCAGAGAUCAAGACGAUCUAAGACCGUCUGAAAGAAAGUGUCUUAUCACAUUGGUGUCACGCAGGUCGACGCAACGGGCAGGUCUGAGAUAUCUUCGCAGGGGGAUCAACGAAGAUGGAUUUACCGCCAACAUGGUGGAAACUGAACAGAUUAUUUCUGACCCUACCUGGGAACAAACUUCGCCGAUUCAUUCAUUUGUACAGAUUCGUGGAAGUAUUCCGCUGUUCUUCACGCAAUCUGCCUACUCACUGAAACCAGUUCCUGUGAUACAACACUCCCCAGAGACCAACUACAGAGCCUGCAAGAGACAUUUUGAGAGACUUCUCUCCCACUACCAAUCUCUCCAAAUAGUCAAUCUGGUCGAAAAACGUGGCGUUGAAGAGCCAAUCGGGACACAAUACGAGACAACUGUUGCACGUCUCAAUGGAGAGCUCGGCGAGAGACACCAGAUUCCGUUUGAGUGGUUUGACUUUCACCAUGCGUGCCGUGGAAUGAAAUUUGAGAAUGUUAGCCAGCUUUUAAUCAAAUUGAAGAGCAAACUGGAAGGGUUGGGCGGUACAACACAAGUUGAUGGUAGAAUUACCCAGCGCCAAGCAGGUGUCCUCAGAACGAACUGCAUGGACUGUCUUGAUCGUACAAAUGUGUGCCAGAGUUCAUUUGCAAAGCACAUGCUAGACAUGCAGUUGAAGGAAGAUGGUAUCGACAUGAGUGCACAGUUGGACCAGGAGACGAGGUGGUUCAAUACACUGUGGGCGGACAAUGGUGAUGCAGUCUCGAAACAGUACGCGUCAACGGCCGCUAUGAAGGGUGAUUAUACGAGGACGCGGAAACGAGACUAUCGGGGAGCGUUGAACGACCUGGGUCUGUCGCUGGCAAGGUUUUACAGCGGAAUGGUGAAUGACUACUUUAGUCAAGCCGCCAUGGACUUUUUGCUUGGCAAUGUGACAGAAAAGGUUUUUGAUGAGUUCGAAUCGAACAUGAUGACCAAAGACCCAGCUGUUUCCAUUGCCAAGAUGCGCCAAGGAGCUGUUGAACUAUGCCAAAAGCGAGUUGUUGCCGACGUGAAUGAAGAAGUCCACGGAGGAUGGGUUCUGAUCAGCCCUAACAUGGCUGACGUGGUAAAAUCAUGGUCCAUGGAAGAGGUGGUUUUGCUGCUCACAGACGCUGCCCUAUAUCUCUGUCGCUUCGACUGGGAUCUCGAUAAAGUGUCCUCCUUUGAGCGCGUACACCUCGCCAACGUGACGCACAUUAAAUUUGGGACCUACAUCACGUCAACCGUCGCCCCGGCACACAUGGAUGAGAUGAAGAAUGUCGGGUUCGUCAUCUCAUAUCAGCCUGGCAAAAGCAACAUCAAGAGAACCAAUACACGAACGCUGUCUACUAAGGGCUACAUUGCGCCGAACUCGGCAUCUCAGGAAGAAGCCAAGACGCAGGCAGGUUUCGCCAGUUUCUUUUCGCCCAAGUCAAAAUCGCCAGCUAUUCGAAAGCUGGCCUUUAAAGCACCAUACAUGGAUUCAUCAACGGCCGUGUCUGGAGCAGGGGGAGUUCAGCAGACAGAGUUGCAGCAGGUAGUCACGAUUUGCGCAGAAGUUGAUCGACUAGCGUUGGAAGCGCAGCUACGGAAAGAGGGGGAAGAUGAAAAGAGCUUGAUGGAGAAGGGGGAGAUUAUUUCCCUGCAAGAGGCGAAGAAGAAUACGGGGCUGCUGGAACAGCUGGGGCACUCUAUCAAGAGGCUUGUUUGGGCGUAG